AUGGAGACACUUCUGCUUCUUCUUCUCCUGCAUCUUACCUUUUUCUUCUUCUUCUCUUACUUCUUAUUAUUUUUCUCUCUUUUCUUCUUCUUUUUCUUUUCUUCUUUUCCUUCUUCUCUUCUUCUUGACAAUCAUACAAUUAUAGAAGUAUAUUUUCUCUUCUUUCUUUUCUCUUUCUUCUUUUUUGUCUUCUCUUUCGUCUUCUUUUUCUCUUCCUGCUUCUUUUUCUUGUUCUUCUCUUUCUUCUUCUUUCCCUUCUUCUUCUUUUUAUUUUAUCUUCCUUCUUCUUUUUCUUUUUCUUUUCUUCUCUGCCAUCUCUUUCUUCUUCUUGAUAAUUAUUCAAUUAUAAAAGUACUUUUUCUCGUCCUUCUUCUUCUUCUUCUUUUUCUUUUUCUCUUCCUUCUUUUUUUUUCCUUCUUUUUCUUUUUCUUCUUCACUUCUUUUUUCUUUUUCUUCUCUUCCUUCUUCUUCCUCUCUUCCUUUUACUUCUUCUUCUCCUUCUUCUUCAUCUUUCUUCUUGACAGCAAUGCAAUUAUAGAAGAUUCACUUGGAUUAGUUACCACCUAUAUCUAUCUAUCUAUCUAUCUAUCUAUAUAUCUAUAUAUAUGUAUAAAGGGAGAGAAGUUUUAUCUAUCUAUCUAUCUAUCUAUCUAUCUAUCUAUCUAUCUAUCUAGCUAUCUAUCAGCUAAUCAAUGCCUCUAUCUCUUCUUCCACAGUCCACCUUCAACCACAUCACUUCCCCCUUGA